UGGCGGAGGAGGAGGAGGAGGAGGUUUCAUGCUGACUUGCUAGAAUUGAGCUGUUCUUUCCCCCUCAGCAACGUGGGUGCAGAGCGGAGCGUACAAAUCUCCAGUUAAUCUGCCAGCCAGCGCUGAAUGGCCCAGAUGGGGGAGCAGGGAUCAAGAGAUGCCUGACAUCAUUGUUCCAGAGCAUUCGGCCAGCGCAAGCCUGGCACUGGCAGGCAUAUAAAGCCCGGUCUCUCUGCUGGCUGGAACACGCUGCUGUCCAGUAUAUCCUCCGGGACCAGCCCAGAUGGAUAUCACCAUUCACCAUCCCUUUUUCCGCAGGCCUUUGCUAUCCGCCCUGUCGCCGAGCCGCAUCUUCAACCAGACUUUUGGGGAGCACUUUGCAGAAUCCGAAUUGUUCCCAAGCUCCUCGACUCUCAGCUCUUUCCUCUUGAGACCUUCCUUCCUAAGGACCCCCGGCUGGCUAGAGAGCAGAUUCUCGGAGAUGCGACUGGAUAAGGACAAGUUCUCGGUCAACUUUGACGUGAAGCAUUUCUCUCCCGAGGAGCUAAAGGUCAAGGUUUGGGGAGACAUGAUUGAAAUUCAUGGCAAACACGAGGAGCGCCAGGACGAACACGGCUUCAUUGCCCGAGAGUUCAGCAGGAAAUAUAAGAUACCAGCGGACGUGGAUCCCCUCUCCAUCACCUCCUCCCUCUCUUCAGAUGGUGUCCUCACAGUGAACGGACCAAGGAAACCAACAGAAGUCCCAGAGCGCGCCAUCCCCAUCACCCGGGAGGAGAAAGCCGCCCUACCCGUGGGGCAAAAGAAGUAGAUGGUUCUUUGAAGCCCACCUUUUUAUAUUGAAGACAGCCUCACCACCGGAUGCAAGCAGCUCGUGGGGUCUCUGGCUGGCUGCUCUUAUUUAUUUGUGUUCAGAUGAGCCAAUGAGCUUGUUCACUAACAAAUAAACCAAUGAAUAAGCA